CUUGCUUCCAUUAUGGAAUUGAAACAAUGGAAAUAACAUAGCAUAUUAAAGACAAAGCACAUAUAAGAUAUGUCUGCUUUUGUUCUAAAACAUGCCAGGAAAUGACCCCCAUGUGAAACAACAACAGGAUGAAGAUCAUUAUCAACAGACAAGUGUUGGAAUAAAACACACCUAUAAAAACGUGUGAAAUAGGGUGUAAUGACAUUUCUAGAUGCAGAAAUACAAUAAGGUAAAGUAAUUAAAGGAAAGAAAGCAUUAGAAAAAAACAAUAGCUCAGCUCCAAUAUGUGAAUUGCAGCUUGAAUUACACCUGUUAUUGUCAGACUAAGGACUGCAAAAGUGUGUAUUUUAUGAAAUAGUUUUGUGAGAGAUAUAGCCUUUAGGCAGAUGGUAAAGCGGAAAUCAUCAAAAAUGGUCCUUGAGAGUGCUGCAGGGUGCAGAUAAAGUACGCACACCCAUGUAGGUUCGUCCUUGAGACACACAUGACAGAUAAGUGAGGCAGCUAGACCAACUGCCAAAACAAAACCCAAAUUCUUGUUAAAUAACCCGACUGCAACGAUGGGUCUGUGUGUGUCUUUGCCAGAUCCAGUGAUGGCCGACCAGCUGCCUCGAGAGCAAGGAGACCCGUUGCUGAAUACAUUCCAACAAGGGAGCCUCCCCAACGGCAUAAAAUCCUCCAAAGACGGCCUCCAUGCAAGGGGACAGUGGGCCAGCAAGGCGGAGUUCCUCCUGGCCGUUGCGGGGCAGAUCAUCGGCCUGGGCAACGUCUGGAGGUUCCCUUAUCUCUGCUACAAGAAUGGAGGAGGUGUGUUCUUCGUGCCCUACCUGUUGUUCCUGGUGCUGUGCGGCAUCCCCCUCUUCCUCCUGGAGACCUCACUGGGACAGUUCACCAGCCUUGGGGGGGUCAGCGCCUGGAGGACCAUGUGCCCGUUAUUUGGAGGUCUGGGCUACGCCAGCCAGGUGAUGAUCCUGCACGGCUGUGUUUACUACAUCGUCAUCCUAGCCUGGGCCCUCUUCUACCUCUCCUACAGCUUCCAGGCGGAGCUGCCCUGGUCGCACUGUAACAACACGUGGAACACAGAGGCGUGUGUGGUGUUCGAACGCCACAACCAGACGGCCGUCGUGAGCAGCCUACCGGAGAACGCCACCUCCUCCGUCAUGGAGUUCUGGGAACGAGAGGUGCUCCGUCUCUCCAGCAGUUUAGACGAGCUGGGUCCAAUCAGCUGGAAGCUCGCCCUGUGUCUCGCCAUUGUCUGGCUGGUGUGUUACUUCUGUGUGUGGAAGGGGGUCAAGUCUACGGGAAAGGUGGUGUACCUGACAGCCACCUUCCCGUACGCCAUGCUGCUUGUGCUGCUGGUGCGCGGGGCCACGCUGCCCGGAGCCACGCAGGGCAUCGUCUUCUACCUCAAACCAAACAUCACCCGCCUGGCAGACCCACAGGUAUGGAUGGAUGCAGGCACCCAGGUAUUUUUCUCAUACGGAAUCUGUUUGGGGAGUCUCACGGCCCUCGGCAGUUACAACAAAUACAACAACGACUGCUAUAAGGACUCUUUCCUCCUGUGCCUCCUGAACAGCGUCACCAGUUUCCUGGCAGGUUUCGCCAUCUUCUCCGUGCUGGGCUUCAUGGCUGAAGAGCAGGGGGUGGACAUAGCCUCUGUGGCCCAGUCAGGGCCCGGCCUUGCCUUCAUUGCCUACCCGAGGGCGGUCGCCAUGAUGCCUGUACCCCAACUGUGGGCCGUGUGCUUCUUCCUCAUGAUCAUCAUGCUGGGGCUGGACACACAGUUUGUGAGUCUGGAGGCCCUGAUGACGUCGGUGACGGACCUUUACCCGAAUCUGAUCCGACGGGGCCACCGAAGAGAGCUGCUGCUGCUCUUCAUCUGCAUCAUCUGUUUCCUGCUCGGCCUGGUCAUGGUCACGCCCGGGGGGCUGUAUGUGUUCCAGAUCUACGACCAUUUCUCCUGCAGCGGAGCCAGCCUGCUGCUGCUCUCCAUCUUCCAGUCACUCGCCAUCGGCUGGGUCUACGGAGCCGAGCGCUUCAGUUCCAACAUAAGGGAUAUGACCGGCUACACCCCCCUGCCCGUCUUCAAGCUGUGCUGGAAAUACCUGACCCCGGCUGUGUGCACCGCCACCUUUGUGUUCUCACUGGUCAGCUGGUCUCCAUUAAACCUCGGGAAAGGUCUGGUGGCUCCGGCCUGGGCCACCACGCUGGGCUGGCUCCUGACGCUCUCCUCCGUCUCCCUGCUCCCCAUCUGGGCCAUCUACGCCAUGGCCACCACCCCGGGAACCCUGCCCCAGCGCUUCCAUCGUCUGUGCAGCCCUGCUGAAAACUCCUCCCUGGCCCUCCACUACUCCCCCUCAGGGCUCCCCUACAUCCCUGCCCUGCCCCUGAGCGAGAAGCAGAAGGAGCCGAUCACAGACAUCCUCCAUGAUCGUUUGACCUGAACAAAACAAAUGCCGGACUUACAUUGGAUGCUGGUCAGCCAAUCAGGUGUGGCGAAGGAGAGGGGUUGUAGUUUUGAGGGUAACCCUGCUGGGUGCCAACUAUGGGCUGGCUCCUCAUUUCUACACUAAAUAUGAUCACUGAAGCCUGUCAAAGAAAAGCUCCAAGUAUGAACAUUUUACAGUUGAACUUGUUUACCACAGAAAUCUGAAUGUUUUGGAUAUUUACCAUCGUGCUAAAGUCAAACGUCACACUUAAAGAGGCCUUUAAAGGGGGUUCCCUUUCUGGUGUGUCUUAUGUAUGUUUCUGUGCAUGUAAAUGGUCUGCAAAGGCUAAAAUCUCCCCCCCCCCCGCCCCCGACUGAAACGUCUCCAUUGGAUUGUUUACUCCCAGAACAUAAUGACAUCACGAUGUAACACUCACACUUCUAUCGGCUAGCGGUCGGGACAUCUCGAAGCAGUUAACUAAUAACAACAGAGCCGGCGAACUAACCAAUCAGAGCAGACUGGGCUCUGGUUUCAGACAGAGGGUGAAAAGAGGUGCUGCAGCACAGGCAGUAUGAGAAAAAUAAAGAGCUUUCUGAACAUUAAAGCAUGGAGACAUGUCCCAGUAGAGGAACAGUAUGCAAAUAUUAACCAGAAAAUGAUCGUAAAAGGGCCCCUUUAAUGCAAACUAUGCGAACGCCACCUGAAUGCACUGAGCUUGCUUAACCCUUAAACCCUGAAACCAGCAACCAAAAUGAUAAACGCAACACUCCUACCUGCUUAUCAUCUAUAGCUCUCCUCUUGAAUCACUGUACUCGUAGACCAUUUAAUCACAGCUCCCAUCUGAGGCACAGGAGGCUGAUUCAUAUUGAUGCUCUCUAUUCCUGCUGGCAUUUCUCAGUGAGUUGGCCUCCCACUUUACUCUCUAUGAGAGAUCACUGCAUGCUUAACAUGUGUAGUUCUGUUCGGGUACUGCUCACCGCCGUUGACUCCAUGAGUCAGGCCUUUACACAGCGAUGUGUCCGGAUUACUUUGCACCAUUUCAUAGAGUUCAAAUGGUUCAUAACAUGCCUUACACCCAGAUACAACUGCCAAUAUAUCAACUUGUUAACAAAUUGACUGAAAUGUGCGGUCAAAUUUUAAUACUUAUCUUUGUUCUUAAGUUGGUUUUGAUUUGUUAGCAGCUGUCUCAAAUGCACAAGUCUAAAUUGCAGUUGCUGCUGAAUAAAAGGCGUUAUUACGAUA